AUGAUGAUGAUGAUGAUGAUGAUGAUGCUGACGCUCACCUCAGCGUGUGUCGCUCUGGAUCCAGCAGCGCUGAAGGAGGCCACGGGGCUAUAUAAACACAGACACAAACCCGUCAGCCUUCAUCAUGUCACAAACGUCUGUUUCAGAAUCUUCCAGAAGGUGACAGAAUUACCGGUGACGGGCCGCCUGGACGGCCGAACGCUGGCCAUGAUGAGAGCCGCCCGCUGCGGCCUGAGAGACGCCUUCAGCAACACGCUGGAGUAUCGCGUCCUGGGUCACUGGCGUAAGAGGAGACUGACUUAUCGCAUCUAUAACCAUCCGCUUCACCUGGGAUUGGCUCGGACACGAGCGGCGAUUCGCGCGGCCUUCGGCUAUUGGAGCGACGUCUCUCAACUUCACUUCCAGGAGGUCAGCGGAGAUCAUGCGGACAUCAACCUCUCCUUCCACAGAAGAGACCAGGGCUGCCCCGUUCCUUUUGACGGACCAGGGCAGGUUUUGGGUCACGCCGAAGGCCCGGAGUCUGGCACGGUUCACUUCGAUGCCGAUGAGGUGUGGACAGAGGGGCGGAGUUAUGGAGCAAACCUACGCAUCGUAGCUGCCCAUGAGAUAGGCCACGCCCUUGGACUAGGCCACUCCCAGUUCCACAGUGCUCUCAUGGGCCCCGUGUACACGGGAUAUCGGGGCGGUUUCAAACUGCACCAUGACGACAUCCGCGGUAUCCAAACUCUGUACGGAAAACCUGUGGAAAGACAGUCCGCUGCUCCGAGAAAGCCAGAAGCAGAGCCGUCGGCCCCGGACCCCUGUGCCGCGCCACUGGACGCCAUCAUGCUGGGGCCUCUCCACAAGACAUUUGCUUUCAGAGGUCAUUACGUGUGGACGGUCUCAGAUUCCGGUUAUAACGCUCCCGUUCGCAUUAAUGCCCUGUGGAAAGAACUGCCCGGCAACAUCAAUGCAGCGGUUCACUCACAAAGAACCAACAAAUCCUAUUUCCUUAAAGGAGAUAAAGUGUGGAGAUACUCUGGCUUUAAACUGGACCACGGCUACCCGAAACGACUCCGUAUUCCUGCCAACAUACAAGCUGCUUUCUACCUCAAGAGCCGCCGGGCGCUCGUCUUCAUAAAGGGAUCAGAUUACUGGCUCUGGGAUGAACUGGGCUCAGGUAACAAACUCCUGCUCCAGCCCAAACCUCUGGCCCAGCUCAUCGCCGGCUUGCCCUCGGAUCCGGACGCCGCCUUCGCGCGGACCGACGGACAGGUGUACGUGUUCAGAGGCGAGCAGUACUGGCGCGCGAGUCCCGCGAUGCUGCUGGAGAAGGGCUAUCCACUCCGCGCCAGAGAGCCAUGGAUGCCGUGUGACGAUUAGACCUGCGUCCUAAGAUAAAAUCACUUUAGUCAAAUAUUAUUUUCACGAAUAUAAAUUAUUUUCUUAUCAUAAAUCGCUACAGUAAAGAUAAAAGACAUAUUACGAAGUCAUUGUCAGCAGUUUAUUAGUAGUCUCUCUUUCUCUAACAUGAUACAUGACUGAAGCAACAGGUGUAUUAGUGGCUCAUUAAUCAUCUGUAUUAAUAUUAAUAAAAAGGACUGAAACUAA